AUGGAUACUGAAAAUAAGAAAAUUGAAGAUAGAUUAGUUUGUGUUGAUUGUAUAUCUGAGAAUCCAUUAAUUAAACAAUAAAUAAAUUAUGGAUUGAUUAUAAUUCAUAAUCAGAAAAUAUAUUAUAAGAAUAUAAAAAGGAAAUUAAGCAUAGAAAGAAUGAAUUAUUCAAAAAAAUAUCUUAAAUCAGAAAAAAUUAUAAUUUAAAAUUGAAUGAAAUUAGUGAUAAAUUAAUUUAAGAAUAAUUUUAAUCAAUUUCAAAACCUAAACAAUCUAAUUAAAUUAAAACUAUUUCAAUAUAAACUUUAUAAGAUGAAUAAUUAUUAAAAGAUUUAAAAUAAUUAGUAGAAAAAGAAAAAGUGAAUUCAAAUUAAACUAUAACAACUUUAAAAAAUAAAGAUUCAAUUUUUUAAAAAGAAAUUGAAAAUCAUUUAGAAUCAUUAAAAUAAUAUGAUUAAUUAGACAUUUAAUAAUCAAUAGAUAUACUUAAAGAAAUACCAAGUAUUAAUUUAUAUAUAUAUAAAUUUUUAUAGUUGAAAGAAAUGAAAUUGUAUAAUUAUAAGAAGUAAUCUCUUAAAUAUCUAAGAUUCCAUCUACAAAUGAUAAUAAUUAUUAAGAUUAAGUAGAAUUUAUUAAGAAUAUUUAAGAAUUCAUUGAUUAAGCUAAAAAAUAUUAAUGUUAAAUAAAUUUAUUUGAUUAGACUAUAACAUUAUUUUAAUAACAUACUAAUAAUAUAGAUUAAAUAUAAUCAAAAAUUUAAAAUUAAUUUUAAAUAAAUAAGAAUAAAUACAAUUUUAAUAUUAGAAUCUAUCAAAAUUAUUAAAUGAUUAUCUUAUAACAUUUGAUAAUAAAACUAAAUAAAUUAAGAAAUAUUGUAAUAUUUCUAAAUUAGAGAUGGAUUUAAUAAAAUUAAAUGAAUUAAAUUAAAAUUUAGAAUUUGAAAGUAAUUUAAUUAAAUUAAUUAAUAGAAACAAAUAUAUAAAAUCAAAUAUCAAAAUAAUUAGAUGAAAAACAUCAUUAAUCUUAAUAAUUAUUAAAAGAAUAAUAAGAUAAAUGUAUUUUCAUAUAUAUAUUAUUUUAUAGAUUAAAAAUAAAUUGAUGAUAUUAAUAUAAAAUUACAAUCAAAUGAAAAAUUAAAUUUAAAUUUAAAAGAUUAAUUUGAUUUAAAAAUUUAAGAAAUAAUCAAUCUAAAAAAUUAAAAUGAACAAGAUAAAUUAAAUAUUAUUAAAACUAUUGAAGAUUAAAUUAUUCAAUAUUAUUAUUAUAUAUAGAAAAUAAAGAAAUUACAGAAAUUAAUAAAAGUUUAAAUUAAAAGGAAUCAGAAUUAUAAACAAUCUAAAAACAAUUUGA